AUGGUAGUGGCCUGCCAAGCAAAAUGCUGGCUCAGCCGUGACGAGCUUCACCCCUCCCUCUCUGGUCGUCUUCCUUGCAGAGUUGAUCUCACGAACGUGUUAGAUCUCCAUGCCUUCGAUGGUCUCUCCGGAAUCAGUUUGCAGGAAAAGCUUCAACAUACGUCAGCAACCCAGCCUCACCUGGACCAGAAUAUUAUGACGGUCACAUUUGAAGUUCCGGGAAACGCAAAGGAAGAAAGUCUGAAUGUGUUUGUGCAGGACCUGCUGUGGGAGAAGAGUGUGAAGGACAAAGCUGGUCAGUGCAUGGAGAUCAUCCGCCUGAAGGGUCUGGUAUCCCUCAGCGACAGAGCCCAGCAAGUGAUUGUCCAGGGCGUGCACGAGCUCUAUGACCUGCAGGAGACCCCCGUGAGCUGGGACAGCAACACCGGGAGGACAAACAGACUGGUCUUCAUCGGUAAGAAUUUGGAUAAGGACAUCCUGAAACAACUAUUUCUGGCUACGGUGGUGGAAACAGAAAAGCAGCAGCCAUCACAUUGCAAGGAAGGUCCAGUCUGUCUGUGA